ACUCGGAGACGGCAGCUCGUGUCGCCGCCACCUCGCGUCUACUCACGAUACGGACAAAGUUUGCGAGCGAAAAUGUGAAUCAAAUAUACAGCUUCAUAAAACAAAGAUAGAUAAGCUCGGGGAAAAUAAUUACAGAAGGAGAUUUUCAACAAUGUCUUAUUUAAUUUUCGUCGUAAAUAAUAAUUCUAAAAGUGAAUUCGCGAAGUGAAACUACAAUGACUGUUAACUGAUAGUGGCGCUCGCCGAAUUUCGAGUCAAGGAGAUUGAUCGCUCAUCAUGGACCCGGACCUUAUAGUGGAGGAGGCGGGGGAGAUGGGUACCUCGCCCCGAACCACCCUCCUCGGCAACACUACCAACAACAAUCUCAACGUUUAUUAUUUUUACGAGUCUGUCCAGUUCACCGUGAUGUGGGUGCUGUUUGUGCUGAUCGUGGUGCUGAACGCGUCCGUGAUAGCAGCACUGCUCUGCACCAACGCCAGGAAGAGUCGUAUGAACUUCUUCAUUAUGCAACUGGCGAUAGCAGAUUUAUUCGUCGGUCUUAUAAACGUAUUUGGUGAUAUCGUCCACAAAAUCACCAUCGCCUGGUUGGCAGGGGAGUUCAUGUGCAAAUUCGUAAGGUUCUUGCAGGGAAUUGUCGUGUACGCGUCCACGUAUGUGUUGGUCGCUCUCAGUAUAGAUCGCUGCGACGCAAUCACUAAUCCCAUGAAUUUCUCCGGCAGCUGGAACAGAGCCCGUGGACUAGUGGUGUCAGCUUGGGCGGUGAGCGUGUUGUUCUCAAUUCCUCUUCUAGUGCUAUAUGAGGUCAAGGAAGUUCAGGGACAGCUUCAAUGCUGGAUCGAGCUGGGCAGCCCUCGUCGCUGGCAGGUGUGGAUGACGCUGGUCUCCGUGAUGAUCUUCGUCUUGCCAGCGCUGGCCAUCGCCGCCUGUUACGCCGUCAUCGUCUUCACUAUUUGGUCAAAUAGUAAGGCCGUCGUCAUGAGCCCUCCGGUUAAUUCCAGAAGAACUAAGAGUUUGAGAAAUGGUCGAAGUGAUUGCGAGCCGGAGUCGCGACGAGCCAGCUCAAGAGGACUUAUCCCUCGAGCGAAGAUCAAGAGUGUGAAGAUGACGUUUGUUAUUGUCUUCGUGUUCGUGUUGUGCUGGUCUCCGUACAUCGUGUUCGACCUGCUGCAGGUGUACGACCAGAUCCCUCUGACACAGACGACAUCUGCAGUGGCGACACUCAUCCAAAGCCUCGCGCCACUCAACUCCGCCGCUAACCCACUCAUUUGUUGCAUGUUUUCUCCGCAUAUUUACACCAGUCUUAGACGCGUGCCCCCUUAUCGUUGGAUAUGGUGUGGUCGUGGUCGUGCACGCGGCACGCUCCGGUCACGGUCCGACUCAACUGCACAUUCUGACCUGCUGAGCUCCACUCAUGCAAGAAGAUCACACUCGGUCGCCAAGGUUUUGAAUCGCUCGUCUGGGAGCUCAUCGGCUGGUUCUCGCCGCGCUCAGCUGUUGGUGCUGGCACCUCGUCCGUGACGUCACCGUGACGUCAUGCUGUAAAAUGCACGAUGACGUCUUUGCCUCCACUGUUUUAGUAUGAUACCCUAGUGAAAUGAACUGAACGAUACAAAACUGAUUCAUUGAAUUUUGUUGACAUUGACAAGAUGGCUUUGAAACAGAAAUGGUAAAGAUCAUCAAAAAUAUAUUAUUACAGAAUAAUUUUCAAUGUAGUUCCACUCACAGUGUCAAAUAGUCUUUACCAUGUAUUAGUCACAUGAUAAUUCUAUUCUACGACUAUCACCAGUAUAAGAUCUUUUGCUUUGGAAGCGUUUAUCCGAUGAAAAAAUUCAGCUUACACAAUUUAAAGUUUUCAAUUAUAUAAAUUUUGGCUAGAACAUAUUUUCUGUAAGUCUCUUAAUUUAUUUUCUUUUGUGUAAUCUUAUUUUAUAACUGUGGGACGAACAACAAAUGUAUGCUCAUACAAUUCAAAAAAAUACGGAAUAUUUCACGUCAACAUUAUUGAAUUAAAACGUAUGUAAAUCUUCAAUUUACUAUCGUAUCCUAGGAAGAAGAAAGCAAAUAAAAUGUGAUUUCGCAAAUAAUGAAAAUUUUUAUCAAUAAAAUUAUUAUAUUUGUAAUAUAAAUGAGCCAGGUAAGUUAAUUCUAUAUAAGUGAAAUAUAUUAUAUAAAUCUAGGUAUAUAUAUACUCUGUAAGUUUUACGGCCAAAGAGUAUUUUUUUAAUUAUAUUAUUAAUUCUUACUGUAUCUUGACAAUUAGCUUACAAUGACUCAUAUCAUUAUAAGCUAAUUAAGACUGAAUCUAAAGUGAAAAUAAUAUAAACGAGCAAUCACUGUUAUUGCAUCUAUCUUUACUGUACAUGUUGGAUUAUUAUUUGCUUAAAUCUUGAAUAUCCAAAAAUAUUAAUACUUUUAGUUCUUCACAUCCACUUGUAAUCAGCGCCAUCUAUUGUCUGUGUUAAUUGAACUUUACUAUAAAGUCUUGUUCCAACGGGAAGUUCGCGGAAGUACGUAAUAAAUAUCUAAAUCAUUGAUAUACAAACAGUAAAUAAUCUUGAUGUAUUAAUAAUGUUGUAUUAUUUGAAAAUGUUUGUAAGAUUUUGAUGGUUUUGCGUACAUGAAAUCUACCGCCUGCAAAUACUUCGGGCCAUACAUACAAAUUUUCUUGUUUAUAAUGUAAGUGGAUUAUGUUAUAGUGAAAUUAUUAACAAAAUUUUGGUUACUUAUGAAUUUAAUCGAUUUAUUUAAUGUUGGUUAUGGUCAUGUUAUUGUAAUGGACUAUGAUAAAAGUUUUAGUAAUGAGAAUCGAUGAAACUUGUAUCGAAUUGUUUUAAAUGUCCUGGAAUAUGAUUAGGAAUAUUCAACGACAAGCAUUAAGAAAAAUAAAAAGUAUGAGAACUUCUUAUAGCUUAGUUUAUAAAAAUUAUUAUCUAAAUGUUAAGGUUUGUAUUUACACAUAAUAUGAGUAUUAAAAUCUAUUAAGAAGUAAGGCCCUAGUCUUUCUGAUUGUGUAUUUUAUUAAUUAAAGAUUCUUAAAAAGCCAACAACGAAAUACUUUUCGACAAAACAUAAUAAACUAUAAUGUAGCUUAAAUUUAUACACAAAUGUACAUAAUAUAAUUGUACUUAUUUAUGUAUUGUAAGUCCUUUAGUGUCUGUACAAUUUUGUACAAGCAAAAAUGUAAAAAUUAAAUGUUCUCUAUCUAUAUUAUUAAAAUAUAUUAUAAAGGU